AUGGCGUUAUCCUUCACUCUGGCUGGACUCUCCUCGGCAAAACAACGUCAUCUUUUCCAAGAAAAGAAAAUGCGAGCUCGAGGUGAUGCUGUGAUGCGUCGCCAGAUGUCCUCAUCGUCGUCAGAUCGUCGCGUACAUCAACCGAGUUCACAUCUGCGCAGUAUGAUGUCUGUUAUCACAGCUGUGCUUGUUGCCCUAGGCACAAUUUUGAAUUUCAUCAUACAAGGAUUCAAGAGGAUGCACCGAGGGUACGCCAAAUAUCAGGUAAUCAAGUACCAUCACGUUCCAUGCUCGCCGCUUACUGCUCAUAGACUCAGCAUCAUGCGGAAGAAGAUUUUGGUGCUUGAUCUGGAUGAGACUCUUAUCCACUCCCACCACGAUGGUGUUAUACGUCCAAUGGUGAAACCAGGCACACCCUCUGAUUUUACGAUAAAGGUAGUCAUUGAUCGACAUCCUGUACGGUUUUCUGUGCACGCACGCCCUCAUGUCGAUUACUUUCUUUCGGUUGUCAGUCAGUGGUUUGACUUGGUGGUAUUCACAGCAAGCAUGGAAGUGUAUGGGACACACGUUGCGGAUAAACUUGACAAUGGACGGGGUAUCCUUAACAGGAGGUAUUUCCGUCAACACUGCACCAUGGAUUAUGGUGGAUAUACCAAGGAUCUUAGUGCUAUCCAUCAAGAUCUGUCGUCAAUUUUCAUUCUAGACAACUCACCUGGAGCAUACAGAAAAUUUCCACAAAAUGCGAUUCCCAUUCCGUCAUGGUUCUCGGAUCCAUCAGACACGUGUCUGCUAAAUUUAUUACCAUUUCUCGAUGCUUUACGAUUCACAUCGGAUGUGCGGAGCAUUUUAAGUCGAAAUCAACAGAGUUUCAAUCAGGUCUGGUAG